AUGAUAUUCUGGUGUUUUGCAGCAUUACUAACGUUUGCGUUGCAGGCGCAAGCGGUGGCUCUCAAUGGUGUCUUCACCAGCGUCAACUCCAUUGUUGCAACAGGUUCCGCGGUUACUUAUCCAUGGCCUCAGCUGACUUCAUGGCAGGCCACCGUGUCUUGGAUGCUCGACGGAGGAGCGGUAAAUGCCGGAGACACUUUCAAUUUGAACAUGCCGCAUGUGUUCAAAUUCACUUCUGAUACCAAUACUAUCUCGCUUACUGCUAAUGGAGUCACCUAUGCUACUUGUAACUUGUUUUCCGGAGAGUUUAUUGUGGACUACUCCGAAUUGCAAUGUACGGUAGCAUCUGGAUUAACCACCAGUAACGUAGCCAUCGGCUCCAUUAAUUUUCCCAUCACUUUUGAUCCUGGGUUUUCCUCGGCAACUCCAGCCAUUGAAGGCGCCAACUUUUGGGUUGCAGGUACAAACACUGUUUCUUGGACUACCGGUUCGAAAACCAUAACUGGAACGGUGACUUUUGUCGCUGGUGCAUUAUCUGCCACUCCGGCUGUGAACAAUUAUGGUGCAAAACUUGCUCCUUCGACAAACCAAAUCCAGUGGUUUCUCAUGGGUACUUCGUGUGCUCUGACAACCCAAUCUGGCACUCUUGGAAUCAGUUUUGCUAGUGGGGGACCUACGUUGCAAUGUGGAACCUUGACGGCUGCAAUAACCAAUAUGGUAAACGAUUGGUACUUUCCCAAAAAUGCAUACUCUUUCAGUUACACAGUGCUGUGUUCUCUGAGCCUGGUUCUUAUCACAUACUCGGGUGUGCCCGCUGGUUAUCGCCCAUACAUCAAUAUCUACUCACCUUAUUUACCCGCUGGUCAAAAUGUUGCUACUUACACUCAAACCUACAAGUGUGGAACGGGAGCAACGACUCCACUCACCUACACAUAUAACUGGAUUGCUUACACCAAUGGUAAUACCGGUGGAAAUGGUCAAAAUUUUGUGAACACAAUUGUCACCAGAACCUAUACUGGAUCCACCACCGCCAUCACCACCUUACCUUAUAGUAGCACUGUUUCGGGUGCCACUAGAACCAUUGAGGUUGAUGUUCCAAUUCCAACAAUCACCACCACCAAAACUUACACUGGUUCUGUUACAACCACUUCCACCUUCACCGCAACCCCAGGUCAAACCGGAACCGUUGAAAUUGAUGUGCCGGUUCCAACAACCACUGUCACUUCUACUUGGACGGGUGUGGGCUCGACAACCAGCACGGUUAGAGCUACACCAGGUCAAACUGGUACAGUCAUCAACUAUAUUCCUGUUCCUACUACGACUUUCACCAAGACAUGGACUGGCUCAGUCGUUACUACCAAAACCGCUACCGCUACUCCAGGUCAAACUGGAACUGUGGAGAUUGAUAUUCCUGUUCCUACAACUACUGUGACUUCAACAUGGACUGGAACUGGUCCCACCACAAGUACCGUUAUCGCUACACCGGGACAAACUGGAACUGUUAUCAACUAUAUCCCCGUUCCAACCACCACAGUGACUUCAACCUGGACAGGGUCUGUCAUAACUACCACUACUGUAACUGCUACUCCAGGUCAAACAGGUACAGUUAUCAUUGAGCUUCCAGUUCCAACAACCACCGUCACUUCAACUUGGACUGGAACUGGCUCUACAAUCAGUACCGUUACCGCUUCUCCAGGGCAAACGGGCACUGUUAUCAACUAUAUUCCCGUGCCAACUACCACCGUUACUUCAACUUGGACAGGGUCUGUCAUAACUACCACUACUGUAACUGCCACUCCUGGACAAACAGGCACGGUCAUUAUUGAGCUUCCAGUUCCCACCAGCACUUUGACUAAAACAUGGACCGGUUCAGGAACCACCACCAUAACCAAUUCUGCAGCACCAGGGCAAACAGGAACAGUUGAAAUUCGAUAUUCCUGUUCCAACGACAACAAUCACAUCAACCUAUACCGGAUCAGUGACAACUACAACCACCGUGAGUGGUGGUCCUGGUCAAACGGGAACAGUAAUUAUUGA